AUGGAAGAAAUAUACAUGAAAGUCGAAAUACCUAAAGGUAGUUCUAAUAAAAUUGAAUACAACAAAACUAAAAAAAGGUUCGAAUUAGAUAGGGUUUUGUCGGUGGCGAUGUCUUAUCCAGAGGAAUAUGGAGUUAUUCCGGAAACCUUAGCACCUGAUGGGGAUGAACUAGAUGUUAUUUGUUUAACUAUUCAACCCACCUUUUCUGGGCUUUAUGUUCCGAUACGAAUUGUUGGUGUUUUGAAAAUGAUUGAUAAAGGGGAACAAGAUGAUAAAUUAUUAGCGGUAAAUGCUGGCGAGCCUAGAUUGAACCAUAUUCAAGAAUUAAAAGAUAUUUCCUUGGAAAAGAAAAAGGAAAUUAAGCAUUUUUUUUCCCGUUAUAAAGAUUUAGAAGGUAAAAAAGUAGAAAUAGGAGAAUUUGAAGAUAAAGAGCAGGCCGAAAAAUUAUUAAAAAGUUGUCGAGAAGCCUACAAAAAAUAA